AUUUUAUUUUUUACAGGCACAAGUUGUUUGCGAUCAUAAAAGGAAAAUAAGGGAUAUAUUUGUCGGAUACCCAGGAUCCGUACAUGACAGUCGAUGUUUCGGACAUCACCAUUAUUUGGAACACUUCAAGAAAAAUGUGGAAACCACUUUAUUAUUGGAGACAGUGGUUACCCUUGUUUACAAUAUUGCCUAACUCCAUUUCAAGAUAGAGUUCCACCAGCACCAGAAGCACAGAAUGAAGUAAUUGUUGGACAAGCAGGGCGAGAUGCAGGAAAUGAAAAUCAGGAUGAACAAACUGGGAUAACAAAAAGAAAUGAAGUAAUGUAUAGCUUAAAUUUCGUUAUUUAGUAUGUAAUGUGCAUGUAUUUUUAAUAAAAG